GCUCAAUAACUCCUCCCUCCUUUGGCACUCACUCAAUCAUCCAACUCAGCCCUCAACCCUCAUCACAUCACCACUCAUCAUCUGGAAACUACACCCAAAACUCACACUACCAUGCAUGCCACUGGAGAACCACCAGGCAAAUGGGAGGAUUGGGCACAGUAGUACACCCCAUUUCCACUCCCAUAACUAACCCGCAUGUGCAUGGUUACUAACUUUGCUCACAUCGGCAUGGAAUUUUGCAGAUCCAACAUGGAUUCAUUGCUAAGGCCGGGAGGCCUUAGCUCUUCUAGUUUGUACUUGGCGCUGUUGGGUACGGUUGCAGCAUCGUAUUCUGUGCUUGGGGGACUUCAACAUAAUUCACGAUGUCAUCUGGCGACUCCAGUGCGAAAACUUGGGGAAAAUCGAAUAGAAAGUGAAAGGAAUGUGGGUUUAUUGGGUGAAGACUUGAACAAAGGUCAUCUGGCUAGGGGAAGGGGUUCAAAUGUCACAAUAUCAAGAACUAACGAUGCCUCCGACUAGGGAAAACUCCGAGAAAUGGUGGAACUUUGAAUGCUGAAGCCAUCCUGUGCCCCCUCGUAGGGUCCGCCAGGAGGACUCAGCAUAGUCUUGAGUGGCAACAGCCACAGCAACUGGUGUCAACUUGCACAACCUGUGUGGACCACUCAUGGAUCUCAAACACGAACUGCUUCUCCUGUGCCCUAUUGUAGGAUCCUCCAGGAGAGCAACGAUCACACACCCCUACACCUGUCUGUGGGAUUUAUGAGGGGGAAUCAGCAAUAUGACGUGUUUUUCUCUUGACUCCGAUGCUCGCAUCUUUAGUUUGACUUGUUCCUCUUGUAAACUUUUGUGUACUCAGCAUGUAAAAUCGUCAAUACACGGUGUAGAAU